CCCGCCCCACCUGCGCGAUGGGCUCCGAGGUGGCCCAGCUGCUGGAGGCUGCUGACUUCGCGGCCCGCAAGCACCAACGGCAGCGGCGGAAGGACCCCGAAGGGACCCCCUACAUCAACCACCCUAUCGGUGUGGCUCGGAUCCUGACCCACGAGGCGGGGAUCACUGACAUUGUGGUAUUACAGGCAGCCCUGCUCCAUGACACAGUGGAGGACACAGACACCACCCUGGAUGAGGUGGAGCUGCACUUUGGGGACCAAGUGCGGCGCCUGGUGGAGGAGGUGACAGAUGACAAGACUCUGCCCAAGCUGGAGAGAAAGCGGCUGCAGGUGGAGCAGGCACCCCAGAGCAGCCCCGGAGCUAAACUGGUGAAGCUGGCAGAUAAGCUGUACAAUCUGAGGGACCUGAAUCGCUGCACCCCAGAGGGUACGCUAUCCCCCACCUGCUCUGAGGGGAAAAGGAGAGGUAGCCAUCUUCUGAAGGCACAGGAUGGUCUGAACACCGAGUCCAGGAAUACUUCGAGUGGGCGGCACAGGUGGUGAAGGGGCUCCAGGGAACAAACCGACAGCUGGAAGAGGCUCUAAGGCAGCUGUUUAAGGAGCGGGGGCUGACACUCUGAGUGGUGCUUGGAGCCAUUGUUGCCCAGGCCAGAGAAGAUGCAUACUUCAGCCUUUCCAUGCCUCCCAAGCUCCCUCCCUGGUUCGCUCAGCACAGAUAUUAGAGACCAAAUUCACGUGUCUUUUCUGAGUCUGAAGAUCUGCCACCUAAGCUGAGCCCCAGAUUGUGGGAUGAUGUGCCCCAUCCAUUCCUAACGCAUUCACUGCCCUGCUUCAGGCCUUGGGUUUGCUUGUUUUGCACGGUGGGAUCUCUGGCCCCUCAGGGACUUAGGCUUAUCUAUAAACGCUGGUCUGAAAGUCAUUAUGCAAAAUAAAACAUUUGGAUAAA